AUGGAGAAGUCCCACCUCCGCCAGAGCAUGUCUCAUCAUCCGUCCCCGUUCAAUUCUCCCCAGGCUCCUCACUCGCAUAUUCCAUCCACUCUUUCCUACAAUGAAGCAACCACCACCGCUCUAGAACCGCAAGCGUCCCAACACCGUACCGGCAACACCAGUGAUGAAGAGGGUCAACCGCCGCCACGAUACACGCGCGAGAAUGAUCCCUUCCAGCUCGCAUCGAAGAUCAAGACCGAUGAAGAAAUCCGACAACUCCAUCCUCAAGCCAACACGGCCCGUAAACGCGACAGCUGCAGCCCGGGAGGACUCCUCCACGCAACAAAGAACCCCAAGGAGGCACUGAGCACAGCUAUCUCAUCCAGACAGCUACAAGGCUUCUACCACUCGCAAAAUGAGAACAUCGAGCGCAUGCUGAAACCCGUCGAAGAGCACGUCCGCGAUGCCCGCGAAAUCAGCAUCAACAACCAACUCAAAUACAAAAUCGCCGUCUACGGCAGCUUCGCCGCGAACAUCAUCCUCUCCAUCCUCCAACUCUACGGUGCCAUCGCGUCGGGCUCUCUCUCCCUCUUCACAACAAUGGCCGACGCCGUCUUCGACCCCAUGUCCAACCUCACCUUGCUCCUCUGUAACAAGGCCGUCAACCGCGUCGACCCCCGCAAGUUCCCCGCCGGCAAAGCCCGCAUCGAAACAGCCGGCAACAUCUGCUUCUGCUUCCUCAUGACGGCCGUCUCAUUCAUCAUUAUUGCCUUCUCCAUCCGUGAACUAGUCCAGGGGUCUGAGGCGGAAACUGGCGAUUUCCAUCUGCCCUCCGUCAUCGCCGUUAUCGUCGCCUUCUGCACCAAGUUCGCCCUCUUUGUCUACUGCUUCGCGCUGCGCCACCAGGUCUCCCAGAUCCGCAUCCUCUGGGAAGAUCACCGCAACGACCUUUUCAUUAACGGGUUCGGUAUACUGACCUCGGUCGGUGGAAGUAAGCUGCGCUGGUGGAUUGAUCCCAUGGGCGCUAUUAUACUCUCCGUCUUGGUCAGCUGUCUGUGGCUUUAUACUGCCUAUCACGAGUUUCAGCUUUUGAUUGGUGUCACUGCUGAUACUAAAAUGCAGCAGCUGAUUACAUAUAUCUCAAUGACCCACUCCCCCUUAAUCACCGCCAUUGAUACCGUCCGCGCUUACACCUCCGGACCCCGUCUGCUUGUUGAAGUCGACAUCGUCAUGGACCCCAAUGCUUCCCUCCGCGCGACUCAUGACGUCGCCGAGGAACUGCAGAUGAAGCUGGAGUCACUGCCUGAUGUGGAGAGGGCGUAUGUGCAUGUCGAUUAUGAGACGACGCAUAAGCCGGAGCAUUUCCUGAAGAAGGAAUUGUAG